AUGUCUUCCGGCAAUCAAGAGACAUCAGGGGUGCGCAACCCAUUCCAUAACCCAUUUCCUGCGUCGUUGUCGAGCGAAUGCAAGAAAGCUGCCAAGAUCCUCGACUCGUUUAUCAACCCCACCUUCGUCGGGCUUGAAGGUGGGAUCCCCCGCAAGAUUCUUGCGCCCGCAAAGGCACUGGUGAUAUGCACCGUAUUCAAGAUGGGGUUCCUCGGGUCGGUUCGCUUCGGUUCUGGCUUGAUUGUUGCUAGGCUUGCCGACGGGACCUGGUCAGCCCCAUCUGCUAUCUCUCUCGCUGGUCUAGGAGGUGGUGGGCAAUUCGGCAUGGAGCUUACCGACUUCGUCUUUGUGCUGACCAAGGAUGCGGCCGUCAAAACAUUCAUGGAGUCUGGAAACCUCACGCUCGGCGCGAAUAUUGCGAUUGCUUUUGGGCCAGGACGAAGCGCCGAGUCCGGGGCAAUUAUCGGCAUGAAAGGUGUGGCGGGGACUUAUGCGUACUCGAAAACUCGAGGUGUAUAUGGUGGUCUCACUUUGGAAGGUGGUGUGCUUAUUGAACGCUCUUCGGCCAACAAGAAGAUCUACGGGAGAAAAUUGAAAGUCAAGCAACUCCUCAGCGGCGAGAUCCCGUCACCAGCUGAGGCAGAAUCCCUUGUACAGAUCUUGGGCUCCGACGUCUUCCAGUCUCAGCCAUCCCAGAGUAUCUCUGUGAAUACCGAUGCACCAGUUCAAGCGCUGCCUGAGCUCCCUCAAGCGACAGCAGCUGUCGCCGAUGACCAAUCUGCUGUUGAGCUUGACAUUUCGAAUUCUUCCGAACCAUCUCGGCCUACGGUUUCUCAAGAACAGUUGAGGAUUGUCAACGAUGAUCGACCUGCCGCUGAACUUGGCACAUCGCAUCCUGUCGCCGCAUCUCGGUCUGAGGCUCCCCAAGAAGAGCCGAGACCUGCCACCGAUGAGCUUGAAACACCGUUCCCUGCCCAGCCAUCUCAAUCCGUUACCCCUCACGAGGCGAGAGCUGCCGCCGAUAAUCAAGCACCUGCUGAGCUUGAUAGAUUGCAUCGUUCCGAGUUACCUAAGCCUACAGUUUCUCAAGGACAGCCGGGUGCUGUUACUGAGGACCAAGCCGCUGUUGAGCUUGAUUCUACAUCACAUCCUCCCGAUCAAUCCCAGAUCGGCGAUGCUGAGCAUGAGCAGCCUUCCCAGGAUAAACCUCAGGGCUCGUCAUCGCGCAGUUCCCCUCCAUCGUGA